AUGAAACCAAAUAUUCUGAAUUCCCUGCUUCUUCUAUUUUGUUUGUUAACGACUUGUGAGGCAAGUCCCCGAAUCAAUUGUUACCCGGAACCGAAUGCCAAUCAAAAUCUGUGUGAAACACGUGGAUGCAUCUGGAAUCCCGUUGACGAUGUCGAUGGAACUCCUUGGUGUUAUUUCAAAGACGGUGUUGGAUACAAUCUAGCAUCUCAAAAUGGAACUACUUUCAACCUUCAGAAAAACAAUGGACCCAAGAAUCCGUGGGGCAUUGAUUUUCAGAAUAUUCAGAUCAGAACAUCAACUAUUGGAGGAAGUGUUCUAAAUGUGAAGAUUGGAGUGGAUGGUAGAUACGAACCACCUGUUGAUUUCCCGAGAUCAACCAUUGCCACUUCUGAAAUUCUCUCGUUUACCACUGCUUCCUCAGAUGAUUUAUUUUGGUUUUCUGUUAUUCGAAACAGUACAAAUCGGAAGAUCUUCGACACAUCACUCGGAGGACUCAUAUUUUCGGAUCAAUUCAUCCAAUUAUCCACUUAUCUUCCUAGCGAGAACAUGUAUGGGUGGGGAGAAAAUGCCCAUCAAUCAUUAAAACAUAACUUUUCUCGUUACUUGACAUGGGGAAUGUUGGCUCGAGAUCAACCUCCAAACUCUGGAAAUUUGGAUACAAUGAAUCUUUACGGUGUCCAUCCAUUCUAUAUGUGUCUGGAACCAGAUGGAAAUGCUCAUGGAGUUUUCAUUUUUAAUUCCAAUCCACAGGAAGUUACAACUGCUCCAGGACCUUCUUUGAUCUAUCGAACCAUUGGUGGCAACCUGGAUAUCUAUUUUUUCCCUGGACCAACUCCUGCUUUAGUCAUUCAACAAUAUCUUGCAUUUAUUGGGAAACCGUUUCUCCCGGCGUAUUGGGCACUUGGUUAUCAAUUAUCUAGAUAUGGAUACAGUGGAUUAGAUGAGAUGAAACAAAGAGUUGGAGCUGUGAGAGAUGCUGGAAUUCCUUUGGAUAUUGCUGUUGCUGACAUUGAUUACAUGAAUAGAUACAAGGAUUUCAGCACCAAUGAUAAUUGGAGUGGAUUUGAAGACUAUGUAAAUGUUAUGCAUGGAUGGAAUAUGAAAAUGAUUCCUAUCUUCGACCCAGCAGUGGAAGCUGAUUAUCUUCCCUUCCAGCGAGCAAUGGCUGCAAAUGCAAAGUUCAUAGAAUGGGAAGAUUAUUCUCAGGUUCAACCAAAUAUUCAAAAUUUGUAUCCAAUGGCGAAAAACACAAAAGUUAUGCUUGGUGUGGUGUGGCCAGAUCACCAUGUGGCCUUCCCUGAUUUCCUCGAUUCAACUGGAAGAACUCAAGCAUGGUGGAAAACUGAGCUUGAAUUGUAUCAUUCUCAAAUAUCUUUCGAUGGGAUUUGGAUUGAUAUGAAUGAGCCAGCCAACUUCGGAACAAAUGAACAGCAUCCUUGGUACUUCGAUGAUGCCGAUCAUCCAAACGAUGCUCCAUUAUUCUGUCCAACUAAUGGAACCAACCAAUGGGAUUUGCCACCGUAUCAGACUCAUGCAGUUUAUUAUUAUGGAGGGAAUGAAAAUAAUGCCUAUCUCUCCUCGAAGACUCUUUGCUUAGCAGGUGUUCAGAACAAUGGAUCAUAUAGAUUUUACGAUGUGAAGAAUCUGUACGGCCUGAAAGAAGCCAUUCCAACUCAACAAGCAUUGAUGGAAUGUACUGGAAAACGUGGAGCAGUCGUGUCUCGUUCAACAUUCCCAUCAGCUGGAAGAUAUGCGGGACAUUGGUUGGGAGAUAACACUGCGAGAUGGGAAGAUUUGAGAACUUCUGUUAUUGGUGCACAGGAAUUCAACUUGUUCGGAAUACCAUAUGUUGGCUCUGACGUCUGUGGUUUUCUCGGUACAUCUAACGAGGAGCUUUGUCUUCGUUGGCAGCAAAUGGGUGCUUUCCACAGUUUCUUUAGAAAUCACAAUACUCUCGGAGAGCCUGCUCAAGAUCCAGCCGUCUGGCCAUCUGUCGCAGCAGCCACAAAAACUGCGAAUCUGUUCCGUUAUCAAUAUCUUCCGUAUCUGUUCAGUCUUCAUUUCCAAGCUUCUCAAUCUGGAUUGACAGUUGUUCGUCCAGUGUUCUUCGAAUAUCCGACUGAUACAGAGACUUUUGAUUUGGGAUAUCAAUUCAUGUGGGGUUCAAACAUUCUUGUUGCUCCAGUACUUUAUCAAGGUGCAGUUACAACAAACUUGUAUCUUCCAACGGAUGUAUGGUACUCAUUAUUUGAUUAUCGUUAUGGAAGUAAGAUCGACUCGGGAUACAUUACUGUUCCAUCACCAACUACUUCAAGAAUCCCAGUUUUCGUCAGAGGAGGUAGUGCAAUCCCUCGUCAAACCCCAACGACUACAACCACAAUGAGUCGUCACAAUCCAUUCGAACUUCUUAUUGCCCCAUGUCAACUUGGUAAAGCAGUAGGAGUUUUGUAUUGGGAUGACGGUCAGAGUAUAGUUGAUUCAAUCGACACUCAUGAUUUCCAUCAAUUUGAUUUCAACUACAUUUCCACGAGCAAUGGAGCACAACUAACGAUUACAAGAACCAGAAAGGGAACUAUCGUUCUUCCAACCAUGGAUAUUCUGGAGAUCUUCAACUACCCGUCUCCUCCGAAUUUCCGUUCAUUCCUCCUCAAUGGCCAGUCGGUCAAUAUCAAUGUCCAGUCCUCGACCUACUCUGGCAUAACAAAAACUCUCUAUAUUUCCACGAAAGACUUGAUUGAUCUUACCUCUUCUGAUUCAAUCACAUUGGAAUGGUCUAAUGUUUCGAAGUAA